AUGUGCAAAUGCCGAAACGUGUCUCUCCGCACAUCCAGACAUAGCCCUAAAAUGAAGCGCCGAGCCCUCCCCCCCGUUAAAGAGGAACCCCCUACCAAAUCCUGUGACCUCGCUAUAUACGCCAUGGUCACAACCACGGCGGUCUUAAGCUACGUGAACAGUUUGAAUGGCGACUUUGUACACGACGACAUUCCGGCUAUAGUGACGAACGGCGACGUCACGGGAACCAACUCGCUGAAACAGCUGUUCUUGGACGAUUUCUGGGGAACGCCGAUGGCUGAUGUUAAUAGCCAUAAGUCCUACCGUCCGCUGACUACGCUAUCGUUUAGAUUAAACCACGCACUAUCCGGUCUGAGACCGUGGUGGUGGCACGCCAGCAAUGUGGCGCUCCACGCGGCGUGUUGCGCUUUAGUCGCGCGCGCAUGCGUCACAAUAGCGCGUCUGAAGCGGCCGUUCGCUGCGCUCGCGUCGCUAUUGUUCGCCGUGCAUCCUGUGCAUACUGAAGCUGUGGCUGGAGUGGUCGGCAGGGCCGAUGUGCUAGCGUGUAUAUUUUUUCUAUCAUCAUUAUUAGUAUAUCAUAGACCAACAAGCAACAAAAGAUGUGUGUGGUUGAGCAUCAUGCUCGGCGCUCUGAGCAUGCUCGCCAAGGAGACUGGAGUCACAAUAUUACUGCUCAAUCUUGUCUUCGACUUCUACCGGUGUUGGCCUUUUGUCAGAAGAUCAUUAUGCUCAUUGAAAAUCGAGAAGAAAUGCACAGGGCUAUCGGUGCGAACUAUUAAGGUGUUGGUAUCCCUGUGUCUGCUUAUUUGCCUACGGUUGGCAUUACUGCAAGGAACAUGGCCGACGUUUUCACCGCAGGACAAUCCGGCGGCGUUUCACCCCAGCUUCUUUGUCAGACUGAUGACCUUCUGCUACCUAGCAGCCUUCAACUGGUGGUUGCUCCUGUGCCCCUGGUCUCUCAGCCACGACUGGCAGAUGGGUUCCGUGCCGCUCAUAGCCAGCGGAUGGGACCCUAGGAACCUCCUCACGUGUGCCGCCUUCGGUGCUUUGUUGUUGCUAUGCUAUAGGUGUAUAGCUGAUUUGGAGGUCCAGCGUCAUACUCCAGCUGUGAUUGGUCUACUUCUCCUGGUGAUACCGUUCGUGCCUGCCAGCAACCUGCUGGUGACAGUGGGUUUUGUGAUCGCUGAGCGAGUUCUCUAUAUACCUAGUGUUGGAAGCGUGAUAAUCACCGCUUACGGAGUCCAGCUGAUGUGGUACUCCAAGCCUGGCACCAAGGCCCUCCUCGUGAUUGGACUGGCCGUGUUGGCAGCUAGUGGGGUGGCGAGGACCCACAGACGGAACGCGGAUUGGAGAGAUCGUGCGGCGCUUUUGAGAGCGGAUUUAGUGACUUUGCCGCAAAACGCUAAACUGCACUACAACUUCGGGAACUUUCUACGGGAGAGCGAACAGCAAGACAGCGCCAUCAAACAUUAUAAGGAAGCCUUGAGGUUGUGGCCCAGCUACGCCAGUGCCCAUAACAACAUCGGCACCCUGGUGUCAGGGUUGGACAACGCCGAACACCACUUCUUGCAAGCGAUCAAAUUCAAUAAACACCAUGUCAAUGCACAUUACAAUCUUGGAAAGCUUUACAAAAAAAGCGGUCGCGUACAACAAGCCGUCACAAUGCUGGAGAAAUGCAUAUGGUUGCAGCCGAAGUUUGUCCAAGCCCACGUGGAGUUACUCUCUUUGAAACCUGAGGAAGACAAGAGAUCAAUACUUACUAAGCUUCUGGAAUUGGAACCUAGGAACUGGGAGCAUUACGUGUUGUACGGAGAUUGGUUUAGGACUAAGGGCUUCCCGGCGCCAGCGUCCAAGUACUACUUGGAAGCUCUGCGGAUGAACUUUAGGCAUCGUUACGUGGAGAAGCUCGUCCGAUCUGAUCUCAUUUCGCUGAGAUCUACAGCACUUAUGUACAGAUCUUUAGGACAAAAGUCCAGGAUCUUGCAGUUAAUAACUAGAUGGCACACCUGGCGUCGGGGCUGGCCAAGCGCUGGCGCACACGUUUACUUGAGAGACUGGCGUCUCAAGAUGGAGCUGGAGGGACGGUCGCAGGUUUACUCCCGAGCUGUGAGCCCUAUUAAAUCUACAAAGUGUUUUGACCACACACAACUGUCAGCAGAUGGUAAUUUACAAGAAAAACCUCAUCCAGUGCAGGAACCUUUAGUACAGACCUCCAAAAGUGUAACUCCUAACAAGAGUGACAAAAGUGAUUGUGGUAAAAAGUGCACAACAAAAAAACGUGUAUCAUUAUCCUCCCAAAUCAAAAUGACACAUAACAAAUCCGAGACUGAUGAUAAGAAGAAAUGUGAUCUGCAUAGAAAAGAUAAAACUGUUAAGAAUAACGAUGUGCCUAUAGCCGGCCCUUUAUCAGAUCACAUUCUGUUGAAAACAUUCUAAUUAAUGUGUGAUAAAAUAAGCGUGUAAGUAGUGACGCUUGCAAAUAUUGUUUUGUGAAAUGAAAUUAGAUAUAAUCAUGCAGACAAUAUCGCAAGAAUGUAGGUAAGGAAAUGAGAGUUGUUUGAAAUUCUAUUAGUUAUCUGUGAAUAUGAAUAAUUAUCGAUCGUAUUUUGUUUUUUUGAUCUUUCAUGUAAUAUUUGAUUUUUUUAAAUAAAUGUAUUGUAUAAUUGUCAUGGAUGUCG